AUGCUCACAAGUUUGGGAGGACACAAGUAUUUGUUGGACAAGUGCAUCAGGGCAGCUGCAGGAGACGACCAAACCUUUUUCUGUCACUUCGUCAUUCUUCAAUGGGUGAUCUUCGUCUACUUCCUGGGUGUCCCUCUACUCGUUCUACUUCUCUACAUCCUGUGGUCGGGCUGCCAGGCGCUCAUCAUGUGGGUUGAAAUGGACCCGGGGUACGAGGAAGAGAAUGACGUCUUGGACGACAAGGAGAAAGCCGAGGUGUUGGACACCCUGACUCAUGUGGCACCAAUACUGCACGUGUUCUCGGACAAGCCCUGGGGGACCAGUCAGUUCAACGGUCUGCUCCAGUCCUCAGACGUCAUCACUAGCCACCUGUCCUGUGUGCAGGAACUGACAGGCGCCGAGCUGCCAGACGUCUACCACAAGCCUCUGGGUGGCAGCGUCCUGGUGGAUCUACGUCACGUGACCGGGUGUGAGGCCCGGGACUUUGAUGACCCGCCCUACCCCAUCGCCAACAACACCGUGGCUCUGGCCAGCCGCCCUGCUGGUCGUGGACUACAUGGGUCACCCCUGGACCAACACGACCUCGCCAACUUCUCGCUCUUCCACAACACCUCCAUACCUGUCGCGCUCAUCCAGGGCCGCCAGUUCGCAGAGGUCAGGGAACUCACAGACCCUGUGACCGUGAACCUUCUCAGCCGGGGCGGACCCAGAUUUGGGCUGAGUCUCACUCUCCUCCUCUUCCUGAACCUUUUCGUUAUUCUCAUCGCUGGGUUAUGGUCAGGGGUCAAGGACUCCAACAAGGUCACGCUGGGACUGAAACCUGUGGUGGCUAUCCACAAAUGUUUAUCUGACCGACCGGAGGAGAGGUUUAUUCACAGAUUGGACCGGCUGGCGUUGGGCAAGGUUGGGGUGGUUGCUGUGAUGCUGCAGCUGGUGAUCGUGUCUGUGUUCCUGUACUGCGCCUACUACCUCAUGGUCUACGUUCUCCUGGUGUUCUUUGGUGGUGCCGCAGCCGGAAGUCUGUGCUUUGUGCUCCGGCGACUCGUGGACUGGCUCAUGAGUGGAUGUAACAGGUGCUGUGAGGGCAGUGUCAGGGUGCGCGGCUCGGAGGUCCGCAUCAGCACCAUCUUCCUGGCCGUGGGCUGCCUCGUGGCCUUCAUCGCUUGGGUGCCCAACAGAGCCGCUUGGUGGUACAUCCAGGACGCCUUUCUGAUGGUCAUCUGCUUGACCUUUGUCCGGCUGUGCCGACUCGCCAGCCUGAGGGGGGUCACAGUCUUCAUCCUGGGUCUGUUGGCCUACCACGGCUUCAUCUUCCUCAUCAUCGGCGUUGAGUCCCUAGACUCGUUCCCAAAGAACCAGGACUUCUGGACCAUGCCAGCCGCCGCCCCGCACUACUCUGGGGAGAGAUUGUCCUGGGUGUUCACGGUGCCCAUCUACAGGGACGUGUUCAUCCAGACGUGCUCCCAGGUGCCCUACGUGUCCGCGGCCAUCAUUGACGUCAUCGUCAACGGUCUGCUCCUCUCCUACGUGCUCAGCUACGACCUCCUCAUGGCCACCGGCUUCUCCUACACCGUCUUGGCAGUCUGUGCUUACGUCAUCGGUCUGGUGCCGGGGAUCUUGUUCAUGUACGUCACAGGCCACACGGAGACCACGCCCAUGUACAUCCUUCCCACAAUGCUGCUGAUCAUUCUGUUCAACGCCUGGUUCCGGCGGGAGCUGAAAGUCUUGUGGUACGGCAAGCACCUCACGUCUGACUUUCCGCAGAUGAGGCAGUCGUCAAACAACAACUCUGGGCUGGACGUUCGUGGAGACAGCGAUGACACCCCCCCAGGAGAACACACAGAGACCACCAGCCUACUGGCCGGCCAACACAGUGUGGACAUGAGUAGUCUAAAUGUUGGACAAUACAGUAUGGACAUGAACAGUCUACAUGCGGGCCACUACAGUAUGGACAUGAGCAGUAUACUCUCACGGCAACACAGUGUGGAUAUGACCAGUCUACUCGCGGACGAAUAUAAUACGGACAUGACCAGUCUACUCGCGGACCAAUAUAAUACGGACAUGACCAGCCUAUUCGCAGGCCAACACAGUACGGAGACCUCCAGAAUCCUGGGACCCCGUAGGGCUGAGUUAACCAGCAUCAUGGCAGAACACGGGAUGUCUCUGAAACACGCCAACCGUCUCCAAAUGGUCCCAAUGCCCCCGUCCCCUUCCUGUCCCCGGGACCUCUAUCCUGGAUUCAGAGCGGCGACAAACUUUCAACCCAGUUACGUGCUGUCAGAUUACUUCGAAAGUAUGCGCUGGCCCGUAUUUUCUUCCUCUUCCCGGGAGGUCUCCAUUAACACCGACGACAACAACGCAGAAAAAGACGACACCUACACAAUCACGGGCGACUGCAGCAAAAGAAAUAUCGGUCGUAAGAAGCGCAAACGCGUCCGCUUUGAGCCCACCCGUGUGUCCCCCAUCCCAGAGGAAGUCCCCACCCCGGAGACAUCGGAGGAAUCUCCCACCCCGGAGAACUCCGCCGUCGCCGACUUCUUCCCAUUGCCGGACACAUUCCCAUUGCCGGACACAUUCCCAUUGCCGGACACAUUCCCAUUGCCGGAAUUCUCUCCUUCGAAAUACCCCACUCGGGCACAACAGUGA